AUGCCAAUAUACAAUGCCCCCUUCGUGGACCUGGCCUUGGUACAGUGCCCCUGGGCCUCAGGCAGGGGCCGCCCCCACCUCGAUGCCAAUGCCAUGGUAGAGAAGCCCAUGACGUGGGCUGAGGUCUCAGUUCCUGCAGCUUCCUGGCUGGGCUCCAGUCCACAAGCUCAGGAGAGCACACAGAAGCUCACAGCUGAACCCCUGCCUCUGGGGGAGGGGGAUUAUCUGCCCUGGAGGGGGGGCCUGUCAGUGGAUCAAGGGGAACCUCAGGUUGGGGGCAAGGAGGACAACAUCAAGAUGGGGGAACUAGGGACCCAGAGCGGUCGGGACCCAAAGGCCAGCGGGCUCUCCAGUGUUGGGACAGCAGUGUUGGCUGGUGGGGAAGCACACCGUGUCCUGGGCCGCGGCCGGACGGUGGCGUGGAGCCAGCAGGAGACGCGGUCCCGGACACCCUGGCGUCGCCUGCCUCUCUGCGCCCCUCUCCCCCACCCCACCCCCGCUCUCAACCUGGCGUCAGACGACCCCACUCCGGGGCCCCACUAUCGCCACUUGAGACGCCUGGAGUUCCUCACCGGGGCAUGGGUCCACUGUUUUCCCGAAUGCAAGUCCCCCCACGGAUCGUCCUUGGAGGUGCACAGGCCCCCACAUCGUGCGCCCCCAGGUCUGUGCAUUGGAGUACCUGGGAACAGCAAGCUCAUCAAGCAGAAGGGAGAGGCCUCAGCCCUACCCCCCCCCCCAGACGCCCUGGCGCUCAAUGACCCACCAAGCCCCAGGUAA